AUGAUACCCGAGGGUGGUUUAAUAUGUUUUGCUUGUUGGGUACAUACUCGGCGUACAAUACAACAACAAGGAAUCAUAGCAGCUCCUGCUGUUAUGAAUAUGAAUGCAUGUGUAUGGUGCCGACGGUCUCUUGCCCAAACACGCAGCCACUCCAUACCUGAAGGACCUGAACGGACCAUAAUAACACAAACGAUAUAUCCAAGAGAGAUUCCACCAGGAGGACUGGUUUGCUAUGCUUGUUGGGUAGCAGCACGUAGAAAUGUGGAGCAUGCUACAAGGGUUGAGGAUAACCGGCAAGGCCCAUCUAAUCUUCACCAAGACUCUAUGUGUGCAUGGUGUAGAAUGUCGCUACACCGAAGGCGAACACAUGUGGCUAGUGGUCCUGUGAGAGAUGAAGUUGCAGCAAGAAUUUACCCCAAUGAGUUACCAGAACAUGCGCUACUUUGUUCCAACUGCUGGACACGUGCACACGAAAAUAUAGAAAUGGAGCAAGAAGUUGUGCAAUUUGAUAUCCAGCCACCAAGUGCAUCAAUAACACUUGAUGGUUUUACACACACAACACAGACAAGUACUCAUUGUUUUGUGCCGGCCUGUAACAAUGUAGAACGAAAUAGAGUGCCGGAAUACUUAAGAAGAAUUAUAUUAAAAUCGGAAAAAAUAUUUGUGACAGAAAAUGCAAGAGUGAACCAGUUUGAAAAGUUUAAUAACACAAAAACUAAGAAGAGAAACCAAUUAAUUACUAAAACAAUUAAGGGCAAUAUUAUGGUGGUGGCCAUUGUCGAAGCUUAA